AUGAAUUAUCUAUCUAUCUAUCUAUCUAUCUGUUUCUGUCUCUCGCUAUCCCACUUUUCACCCUUUCUCUCUCACUAUUGUUAUCUAUCUAUCUAUCUAUCUAUCUGUUAUACCUCCAUUGUGAAAACUACUCCACAACACUAUCUAUCUAAUUCUGCAUAUCUAUCUAUCUAUCUAUCUAUCUAUCUAUCUAUCUAUCUAUCUAUCUCAUUCUGCAUAUUAUCUAUCUAUCUAUCUAUCUAUCUAUCUCAUUCUGCAUAUUAUCUAUCUAUCUAUCUAUUUUUACCAACUUCUAUCUAUCUAUCUAUCUAUCUAUCUAUCUAUCUAUCUAUCUCAUUCUGCAUAUCUAUCUAUCUAUCUAUCUAUCUAUCUAUCUAUCUAUCUAUCUAUCUAUCUAUCUAUCUAUUUAUCUCAUUCUGCAUAUUAUCUAUCUAUCUAUCUAUCUAUCUAUCUAUCUAUCUCUAUCUAUCUAUCUAUGUAGCAGAACAAGCAAUCUUGCAGGUGGAAAAUUUUGUCACCCACAAUAACGCGGAUCUAUCUAUCUAUCUAUCUAUCUAUCUAUCUAUCUAUCUAUCUAUCUAUCUAUCUAUCUUGUCCCUUAGGCUUGCGACAUCUCGCCUCUCAGAAAAAGAUUGCUGGGUGGAAAAUAAUUUGUCGCCCACAAUAACGCGGAUCUAUCUAUCUAUCUAUCUAUCUAUCUAUCUAUCUAUCUAUCUAUCUAUCUCUAUCUUUUGUCCCUUGCAGUUAUCAAGAUGUGACUGA